AUAAAACAAGGAGGAAGGCAACCAGCUGUUGGAAGGGGGAAACAAGGCAGAUAAAGGAGCGGGGAGGGAAAUUAAUCGCCAACCAGGAGGAGUUGGACUGUAUUUUCCAAAGGUGGGGGCAGUGAGGCAAACACCUUGAGGAGGAAAGCGAGAAAGAACAGAAAAAAGCAAGUGGAAGGGGGGGCUCGCCCAAGAAGGGUGAAGAAGCGAAGAAAGUCGAGGCGCCGAGGCUCCCAAAGCUGGCAGCUCCGGGCGGCGGUGCAGGGGCGAAGGGGGGGCGGGGGGGGACCGUCGGACAUGCGGCUCUGGAGUUGGGUGCUGCGCCUGGGGCUGCUGAGCGCCGCGCUGGGCUGCGGGCUGGCCGAGCGCCCCCGCCGGGCCCGGAGAGACCCGCGGGCCGGCCGCCCCCCGCGCCCCGCCGCCGGCCCGGCCACCUGCGCCACCCGGGCGGCCCGCGGCCGCCGCGCCUCGCCGCCGCCGCCGCCGCCGCCGCCGCCGGGCGGUGCCUGGGAAGCCGUGCGCGUCCCCCGGCGGCGGCAGCAGCGGGAGGCGAGGGGCGCCGCCGAGGAGCCGAGCCCGCCGAGCCGGGCGCUCUAUUUCAGCGGGCGAGGCGAGCAGCUGCGCCUGCGGGCCGACCUCGAGCUGCCCCGGGACGCGUUCACGUUGCAAGUGUGGCUGCGAGCGGAGGGGGGCCAGAGGUCCCCGGCGGUGAUCACAGGGCUGUAUGACAAAUGUUCUUAUACCUCGCGUGACCGAGGAUGGGUCAUGGGCAUUCACACCGUCAGUGACCAAGGCAACAGAGAUCCACGCUACUUUUUCUCCUUGAAGACAGACCGGGCUCGGCAAGUGACCACCAUCAGUGCCCAUCGCAGCUAUGUGCCAGGACAGUGGGCAUUCCUAGCUGCUACCUAUGAUGGGCGGCUGAUGAAGCUCUAUGUGAAUGGUGCCCAGGUGGCAACCUCGGGGGAGCAGGUGGGUGGCAUCUUCAGCCCCCUGACCCAGAAGUGCAAAGUGCUCAUGUUGGGGGGCAGUGCUCUAAGUCACAACUACCGGGGCUACAUCGAGCACUUCAGUCUAUGGAAGGUGGCCAGAACUCAGAGGGAGAUACUGUCAGACAUGGAAUCCCAUGGCUUCCACACUCCUCCACCUGAGCUCCUCCUCCAGGAGAACUGGGACAAUGUGAAACGCACCUGGUCCCCCAUGAAGGAUGGCAAAAGCCCCCAUGUGGAAAUCAGCAAUGCCCAUGGUGUCCUGCUGGACACAAAUUUGGAGCCCCCUCUGUGUGGACAGACCCUAUGUGACAAAGCAGAGGUCAUUGCAAACUAUAACCAGCUUCCGAAUUUCCGCCGGCCCAAGGUGGUACGCUACCGCGUGGUCAACCUCUAUGAUGAUAACCAUGAGAACCCAACAGUGAGCCGCCAGCAGGUGGACUUCCAGCACCAGCAGCUGGCUGAGGCCUUCAAGCACUACAACAUUUCCUGGGAGCUGGAGGUGCUGGAGGUGAGAAACUCCUCCCUGCGCCACCGCCUCAUCCUGGCCAACUGUGACAUCAGCAAGAUUGGGGAUGAGAACUGUGACCCUGAGUGCAACCACACACUGACGGGUUAUGAUGGCGGGGACUGCCGCCACCUGCACCACCCCAGCUUCAUGAAGAAUCAACAGAAUGGUGUGUGCGACAUGGACUGCAAUUAUGAAUGGUUCAACUUUGAUGGUGGAGAGUGCUGCGACCCAGAAAUCACUGAUGUCACUAAGACUUGCUUUGAUCCCGACUCUCCACACAGAGCUUAUCUGGAUGUUAAUGAGCUGAAGAACAUUCUGAAAUUGGAUGGAUCAACACAUCUCAAUAUUUUCUUUGCAAAUUCCUCAGAGGAAGAAUUGGCAGGAGUAGCAACUUGGCCAUGGGACAAGGAAGCCUUAAUGCACUUGGGUGGCAUUGUCUUGAACCCAUCUUUCUAUGGCAUUCCUGGGCACACCAAUACCAUGAUCCAUGAGAUCGGGCACAGUUUGGGUCUCUACCACAUCUUCCGAGGCAUUUCAGAAAUCCAGUCUUGCAGUGACCCCUGCAUGGAGACAGAGCCCUCUUUCGAGACCGGAGACCUCUGCAAUGACACCAACCCAGCUCCCAAACACAAGUUCUGUGGUGACCCUGGGCCAGAGAAUGACACCUGUGGCUUUCAUAGCUUCUUCAACACUCCUUACAACAACUUCAUGAGCUACGCAGAUGACGACUGUACGGACUCCUUCACGCCCAAUCAAGUCGCCAGAAUGCACUGCUACUUGGACCUGGUGUACCAGGGCUGGCAGCCCUCCAGGAAGCCGGCGCCUGUUGCCCUUGCACCCCAGGUUGUGGGCCACACUACAGACUCUGUGACGCUGGAGUGGUUCCCACCCAUCGACGGCCGCUUCUUUGAAAGAGAAUUGGGAUCAGCAUGUGACCUGUGCCUGGAAGGGAGAAUCUUGGUGCAGUAUGCUUUCAACGCCUCCUCCCCGAUGCCCUGUGGCCCCUCGGGACACUGGAGCCCUCGGGAAGCAGAAGGUCAUCCAGAUGUUGAACAGCCCUGUAAGUCCAGUGUCCGCACUUGGAGCCCAAAUUCAGCUGUCAACCCACACACAGUCCCUCCAGCCUGCCCUGAGCCACAAGGCUGCUACCUCGAGCUGGAAUUCCGCUACCCUUUGGUCCCUGAGUCUCUGACCAUCUGGGUGACCUUUGUCUCCUCUGACUGGGACUCUAGUGGAGCUGUCAAUGAUAUUAAACUAUUGACAGUCAGUGGGAAGAACAUCUCGUUGGGCCCUCAGAACAUCUUCUGCGACAUCCCACUGACCAUCAGACUCCAAGAUGUGGGUGAAAAGGUGUAUGGCAUCCAGAUCUACACACUGGAUGAGCACCUGGAGAUUGAUGCAGCUAUGUUGACCUCAGUUGCAGACUGUCCACUCUGCCUAGAGUGCAAGCUCCUGCAGUAUAAGGUGGUCCGAGACCCUCCUCUCCAAGUGGACAAGGCCUCAAGCUUCUACUUCAACAGGAGAUUUGUGGACACGGAUCUAAAACAUGGCAGUAUGUACCAGUACCAGGUCAUCACCAUUUCAGGAACUGAAGAGAGUGAACCAUCACCUUCUGUCAAAUAUAUCCACGGAGAUGGGUAUUGUGGUGAUGGCAUUAUUCAGAAAGACCAAGGUGAGGAAUGUGAUGAUAUGAAUAAGAUCAAUGGUGACGGCUGCUCUCUCUUCUGCCAACAAGAAGUCUCCUUCAACUGCAUUGAUCAACCCAGUCGGUGCUAUUUCCAUGAUGGUGACGGGGUAUGUGAAGAGUUUGAACAAAAAACUAGCAUUAAGGACUGCGGUGUCUACACACCCCAGGGGUUCCUGGAUCAGUGGGCAUCCAAUGCUUCAGUGUCCCAUCAAGACCAGCAGUGCCCAGGCUGGGUCAUCAUUGGGCAGCCAGCAGCAUCCCAGGUGUGUCGAACUAAGGUGAUAGAUCUCAGUGAAGGCAUUUCCCAGCAUGCCUGGUACCCUUGCACCAUCAGCUACCCAUACUCCCAGCUGGCUCAGACCACUUUCUGGCUCCAGGCAUAUUUCUCUCAGCCAAUGGUUGCUGCAGCUGUCAUUGUCCACCUGGUGACCGAUGGGACAUACUAUGGGGACCAAAAGCAGGAGACCAUCAGUGUCCAGCUGGUUGAUACCAAAGAUCAGAGCCACGACCUAGGCCUCCAUGUCCUGAGCUGCAGGAACAAUCCCCUGAUUAUCCCUGUGGUCCAUGACCUCAGCCAGCCCUUCUACCACAGCCAAGCGGUGCGUGUGAGCUUCAGUUCACCCCUCGUCGCCAUCUCGGGGGUGGCCCUCCGCUCCUUCGACAACUUUGACCCCGUCACCCUGAGCAGCUGCCAGAGAGGAGAGACCUACAGCCCUGCCGAGCAGAGCUGUGUGCACUUUGCAUGCAAAGCCACUGACUGCCCAGAGCUGGUUGUGGAGAAUGCAUCGCUCAAUUGCUCCAGCAGCGACCGCUACCAUGGUGCCCAGUGUACUGUGAGCUGCCAGACAGGCUAUGUGCUCCAGAUACAGCGGGAUGAUGAGCUGAUCAAGAGCCAGGUGGGACCCAGCGUCACAGUAACCUGCUCAGAGGGCAAGUGGAACAAGCAAGUGGCAUGCGAGCCGGUGGACUGUGGGCUCCCAGACCACCAUCAUGUCUAUGCCGCCUCCUUCUCCUGCCUCGAGGGCACGACCUUUGGCAGAAAAUGCUCCUUUCAGUGCCGUCACCCUGCACAGUUGAAAGGCAACCACAGCUUCCUUACUUGUAUGGAGGAUGGACUGUGGUCCUUCCCAGAGGCCCUGUGUGAGCUCAUGUGCCUGGCUCCACCCCCAGUACCCAAUGCAGAACUCCAGACUGCCAGGUGCAGAGAGAACAAACACAAGGUGGGCUCCUUCUGCAAGUACAAGUGCAAACCUGGAUACCACGUGCCCGGCUCCUCCCGGAAGUCAAAGAAACGAGCCUUCAAGACACAGUGUACCCAAGAUGGCAGCUGGCAGGUGGGAGCUUGUGUUCCUGUGACCUGUGACCCACCUCCACCAAAAUUCCACGGGCUCUACCAGUGCACUAAUGGCUUCCAGUUCAACAGCGAGUGUAGGAUCAAGUGUGAAGACAGUGACACCUCCCAGGGACGUGGGAGCAAUGUCAUUCACUGCCGAAAAGAUGGCACCUGGAGCGGCUCUUUCCACCUCUGCCAGGAGAUGCAAGGACAGUGCUCAGUCCCAAACCAGCUCAACAGCAACCUAAAGCUGCAGUGUCCGGACGGCUAUGCCAUAGGGUCUGAGUGUGCCACCUCAUGCCUGGAUCACAACAGCGAGUCCAUCGUCCUGCCAAUAAAUGUGUCUGUGCGUGACAUACCCCACUGGCUGAACCCCACACGCGUGCAGAGAGUUGUCUGCACUGCUGGCCUCAAGUGGUAUCCUAACCCUGCUCUGAUUCACUGUGUCAAAGGCUGUGAGCCCUUCAUGGGAGACAAUUACUGUGAUGCCAUCAACAACCGAGCCUUCUGCAAUUAUGAUGGAGGGGAUUGCUGCACCUCCACGGUGAAGACCAAAAAGGUCACUCCCUUCCCUAUGUCCUGUGACCUACAAGGAGACUGUGCUUGUCUGGACCCCAAUGCCCAAGAACACAGCCGGAAAGACCUCCGGGGAUACAGUCAUGGCUAAGGAAGGACAAAGAGUUGUCAGAGAAUUCCCAACGCCAGGACCCGCAUCCCUUUGGUAUUGAUUUCACAGUCAGCUGCUCAAUGGAAUGGCCUCUCCACACCAGGGAUCCUUAGCACCCAACCGGUCUGCCUUUAAUUUCAUCUAGGAAGGACUUACAGUGGGGCAAAUGAACCCAAUCUCACCAUGUUGAAUGAUGGAAUGGAGUUCCAUCCCAAAGCCUGAAAUGGAUUGCAUAUACAGCAAGCAGUCCUGGAGCCUCCUAAAAUUCUAGCCACCUGUCACACGACUACAGAGAGAAACAUGUUCUAUAUCUAGGAGUGUGCACAUCUUUGGUUAGUACACAUGCAUGCAUAUGCACCCAUACAGACAUUUGUAUGAAAGCAGUUCUGGAGACUGAGCAGAGAGAGACUGGAAAGAAAUCCUUCCUUUUCCAAGCUCCCAGCCAACAUAACCUUGGGAGAAAGAGAGUUGCAGAAACUGCUAAGACCAAGUAUUGAGAUGCCAACAUAAUUCACACCCUGAGGCUUGGAAUAUGUAGGGCAUGCACAGUUGUGCAGCCCUUUGGGAUUGGAAGAGAAGUGGUCUAAGAUCACCUAUCUUUUGGGUAAUUAAAGCCCAGGAAGAGGUAAAGAUUCCAAGGUAUGCAAAGAUCCUCAAAUUCUUCUGCUACCCUGGGAACUUUACCCUAACUCCAGGGUUUGAAUCCAAGAUGGAAAUGGUUUAGGAUUAUAAUGUCAAGGUAUUAUACCAGCCCCCUGCUUGAGGCUUGAGAGGUCAUAGUAUCCCUACAGAACACACCCAUUCCUCAAAUCUUGCCUUGGGACCACAUUUGCUGCUACUUUUCCUGCUGCUCUAUCCUAUACAUUGAAUACCCCAAAAUGAUAGAACUAGGUUAGGAAAAACCCCACACAAUCAAACAGUCUGCCUUACAAAUAACCCUCAUUUCCCCACUUCUCACUUCUUAUCCCUCCUAGAGGAGGAAACCCCUCAUGGGUAGAUUUAUUGUCCGGAAAGGGAGUUGAGGGACUUCAGAUGCUGGGGCCCUCCCUGAGAGUCCGCAGUGUCUAAGCCAGUGUUCGGUUCGGUAACUAAAUGGAACAGUGUUAAAUCUCUGUGAUGUUGGAGCCAUCCAGAGGCCACUGGACUUGUCAGGACUCUUGGGUUAUUAUCCUCAUACUACUCUUCCUGGCCCUUCAGACUGUAGUAGGUUUUAAUCUUGGAAACCUCACCACUGCUCUGAUUAGGUAUAAUUUUGAAACAGAGAAUCAUCUUGGAUAUGAUCAAUAUGGAUUGUGUUCUAGAAGUCAUCAGAGGGAAGUUAGAGUUCACAGCCUCAGUACUCAACAUAACCAUCAAGUUUUCCAUAUAUUUUCCCAGGUGCCAGUACUCACUCCCAUAUCUGUGGCUGGGAAACUCUUCCCUCUCUUCCAUGUUCAGCCUCCAAAAGCUAAGUGGAAGCUAUUCAGCUGUGCAUGGAAGCCCCAAUUUCUUUGUGAGCCCCUUUACCUGUUUUCAGUCAGUCACCUGUUCAUUCCCUUUGAAUUAGUAUGGACCAAGAAUAUGACAGGAUGCAGUGGGGAGAACGGUUAAGUUUGACAUCUUUUCUGAAAUCUGAAGCUAGGAGUGAGAAGGUAGGAGGGUCUAAACUAGAGAUAGCACAUAAAGAUUACUGAAAAUCAAGUCAUCUCAAGUCUAGUGAAGACAACCAAGGAAACAGUCUAGCAUAGGAAUGGAAAAUACCAGACAUCUGUGCAGCCCCUAGAAAUUCCUGCAUCCAAGGCAGUCCUUGUUAAUCCAUCACAGCUCCUUCUCCUAUUGGGACCAAAAACAACUUCAGAAACCAUUUUACUGUAUCAUUCCAAACAGCAUUUACCUGAUGAUCAAGGACACUUGAGGACAUUUGUUGGCUCUCUGUGAUCAGUUAUAUUAAGAAAUAUAUCGAGGUGCUUUUUACACAGGUGCCCACAUGCAAGGAUGCAGUGCACAAAUAGUUCCUAUGGCUUGUACCAUAUUACAGAAUGGAGAGACUUCAACCAUUGUUGUAGCCCAGCUCAAAUCUUUUGUUUCUUCCUCACGAAAUAAUGUUACUAAUAUUCAGGGCAUUUUUUUCCUGUGUUAACCAGGGCCAAUCCUUAGCAAAAAAUAAGAAUGAAAUUAGAAUUGUUCCAAUUUUGUACCUCUCUCCAAUGUCUUAGAAUUCUUUAUAACUUGUGAGGCCUUUCUUUUGCCCUUACUGAGAGGGUACAAGCUAAGGACAGUAACAGUGUCAGCCCUGUUAGUAGCCUAUCAAAACCCAUAAGUAAUAAUUAAAAAAAAAAACUUUGUAAAAUCCAAAGAUGACAGAACAAAAGGUGGGAUUGCAGGGACCACAGAACCUCACUCCUUAAAUCACUCCUCAUCAUCUUUCUACCUCCCCUACUGACUUCCAACUCCUGACUCACAAAUUGAAUUGAGCCCUUCUGGGUAAAGACUUACCAAGUCUCCUUCUUAUUAUCAUUCCAGCCUCUUACCAACAAUUUCAUGUUUGCCAAGGAUAUUAGGCAAAAGAGGCUACCUGACUGGCAGCCAGCCUCAUGCCCACAUGAGAAGCCGUCUAAGUAAGAAGCUCUUCUCAAACAGUGCAGAAGGGCCGGCUCUAGUCAGGCAAUGCACUGAUUCCCAGGUCCUUUUUUUAUUCCUGGGAAUUAACUCAUUGUCUCAUCUCUUCAGUCAUCUCCUGCUUAGAACAAUGGAAUGCCCACUGUUUAUUGGCAGCUCAGGGGCCCUAAAACACUUGGGGGUUCUGCAUCUGAAGAAGUAUUAGCCAUUUAGCAGCAAGAAUGGAAAAGAUGAGGUGGGCAGUUUUCAAAGUCCCAUCUUAGAAAGCCUUUUGAGGCCACAUCCCUCAUUGCCUGCCCAGAGGAUUUGCAUUAUCCUAAAUUUUGUGCCAACAAUUGUGUAAGUAAUACAGUCCUUGGGAAGUCAGUUUUUGUGGGUGAAUUGGAGUGCUGAAGAAGGGAGUGAUUAAUGGGCAUGAAUAGUAUGUCUUUGAAGAUGGAGGGUAUCAGCUGCUGUUCCUGGCUUCAGCAUAUUGAUUCACUGCCUAGACAGUUCUCUUGGUCUUAUUCCCACCUUGGCUUGAUUCAUGCAUGCUAGUUGUGGAAAAUAAUUCUUUGAGACAGAUCUCAGCUACCUCCCUUCCAGGUUCAAUUUAACUUGGUUGUAACUGUCAGUUUGUUAUAGGUCUUACCUGUGUUUUAAAAAGAGAGAGAAAAAGAAAAGAAAGAAGAAAGAGGAAGGAAAGAAGGAAGGAAGGAAGGAAGGAAGGAAGGAAGGAACGAAGGAAGGAAGGAAGGAAGGAAGGAAGGAAAGGAGAGGAAAUGAAGGAAAUAAAAAUCAAGUUAACAGUUUUGAGAUUUUUAUGUUUUUUUUUCUGGAACUACUUCAAGUGGGAAAAUAAAAAGAAGAAAUUGGUGGUGACAAAAGUGUACAGAUACAGAGUAAUAGGAAGACAAAGAGAUUAAAAUGAAAUAAAAAUGCAUGAUUUAAAAUUAAGAAUAAGAAAUCUGUUGUUAUGUUUCCCAGAGGAAAUUACUUAUUCUACAGACUGAGUAGGUAGAGACAAGCAUAAAUAAUUCCUUAGUGGACACAGAGUAGAUUUUUGUAGCAUUGUCUGUUAUUUUCUGUACAUUGUGGUAGGUCCAGAAAACAUGACAUUUUCCCCCUUGAUAUGUUGGUGGUGGUGUUGGGGUGUUUUGUUUAUUUGGUGGUAAUCAGUUGUAGUCGGGAGUGGGUGGGCUUGAUAUUUGUUUUCUGAAUAUUAAGGGGACAUAUUGUGUCAUUGUGCUUUUCACAUUAUAAAAUGCUUCUAUUUACCAGUAUAGCACUGGGUUUUAUAAAGACUGCACUCAGAACUACACUGCACAGCCCAAUUCCCUACAACGCUGCUACAUGACCAGACAGGUAAUUCCAAUGAGUUUUGAGAAACAGAACAAGCUAAGAACAAGCAAACCAAGCAAAAACCUACAUAGCAAAUGAAUACAACUGUAUUCUUGUAAUUUAUUCCAGUUUUGCCAAAUUCCUAUCAAUGAUUUUCUUUUCAGAGUAAAUGUGUGAUAGCCAAGAAAGGAAUUACGUCCCCAGCAUAUAGAAUUUUAAGUCCAGGCAGCAGUUUGAUCAAUGAUUUUAAACAAGUUAUUAAAUUGCCUCUACAUUUGACUCAAUUCCUUUAGCUGCAGAACGGGGAUAAUAAUACUUACCUACCUCACAGUGGGAGGGCAGGGGAUGGUGAGGCCUUGAGGUUCAAAUGGCCUGUGGCAAUAUGUGAAGGCCAAGGUUGACAUGAAUUAUUUCUCAAAAAUGCACAGGCAUAGUAGCCUUUCAAGAAAGACAGGGAGUGCUCAUUUGAUAUUUCAAGGAAUAAUGCUGGAGCUCCUGGAUGAGAGUCCACCCUUUGAGAAAGUCCCGUAUUGGGGGGAUAUUUCACUUUGUAUGUCAGUUCAAUUUUUCCCCCUUACUCUGGCCUUUCCUAGUUUAAUGAUUUGCUUAAAAACCAAUUCUUUGCUACAGUAUAAAAGUCAGUUUACUGUCAUCUAUUCAAGACUUCCAGGCCAUUUCCAACUUUCAGAGGAAGGGAGUCUCUGAAAUCCCUUCUUCACCUCACUUCUCAGACUUCAAAUUCCACAUCAAGUGUUCCAUGAAAAGAAGACAUGGCAUUCUGAGUGCAAACAGCUCGGGGCCUCUUAAACCACACACCAGCAGUCAGUGAGGAGACUUUUGAACAAUUACUGAGUUGCUUUCUUGGGUCUCUGUAAUCAAUAACCUGUCCGCAGAUAUCUAUCUAUAUAAAGAUAUUAUAUAUAAAUAUAAAUUUACAUAUAUAUGCACAUGUAUAUAUAGUUGUACAUAUAUGUGUGUAUAUAUAUACUUAAAUGUAAUAUUUACAAAUAAAACUGUGAUCUCAUCUAGAGAAAAUGUAAUCAUAUUACAAACUGCUCUUCCAUAUUUAUGUACCAUAUUAUACCUUUUUAUUAUUGUUAUAAUUAUUAUGGGUAUUUCUAAUUAUUCUGAGGUUGAAAUCUGUUUGGCACCUUCUGGAAGCUACCAAAAAAUGAAUUCAUUGAAGUGCUUAAAAUCUGUACUCAUAAGAAAUCUACUGGCCUACUGUAAAAAAGGAAAACAAAGAGAAACAACUCAACACCAAAAACCAAACACAAUUCCAAUCCUUUCUCUGUACCUCACAUGCAUAAAUUUGCUGCUCCUAUUUUGGUUUUAUGUUUCUCCCCCGUUUAUGUGUUUUUAUGGAUCUAAGUUAAGUCUUUCAGCAAUAUAUAAAAAUGUAAAUAGUAAACUUUUAUUUAUUAAGAAUGUCAUCUUUUUUAAUUUAUAUUUACACAAUUGUUCAUCUAAUUUAUUUUUUCUAUACGGUUUUAAAUACUCAGACAUAUUUUGCUGUUCAUGAUAUUUUUAUCCCGUUCUCAUGAAUUUGUUUUUCCAUAUUGUUUUCUCUGGUCUCAAUUACAGGUUGGAUCUCACAAAAAUAAUGUCAAAGACAGAAAUAUUUUGCCACUGUUGAUUACUAUAUGUUAAAGUUCUAUAUUAUGAAAAUAUAUAAUAGCUUGUAUGCUUCAA